AUGGCCGAGUCCGUGGACGCCGCCGGUGCGAAGCAAGACGCUUCCGUCGUAUCGGAAGCCUUCCAGUCUCUACAGGUUACAGUGGACAACCAUGACGAUCUUGGUGCAGGGUCUCGUCCCGUGUUCCCACACAAUGAGUAUGAUUCUCAUGCUGAACCGAAAGAUGCCAGCCCUAUGAGACAUCACAAGCGCACUCCGAGUGCUCAUCGUGAGGUCAAGGAGACGCUUGAUGCCCAUGUGGAAAUUCUGAGUGACGAGUCUGAUGGCAGAACUCACCAUAGGAUUAACCAGUAUGUAAUCCAGGAUGAGAUAGGUCGUGGGUCUUACGGAUCAGUUCAUGUUGGGACGGAUCAGUUUGGCACCGAAUACGCCAUCAAGGAGUUUUCCAAGGUCCGGCUGCGAAAGCGUGCGCAGUCCAACAUCCUCCGCCAGGGUCCUCAUCGCCCAUUCAGGCGGGUUCCUAACAGCAAUCUGGAAGCUCAUGGUAGCAGUAUGCGGACGGCUGAGCAGAACGACGCACUCUAUCUGAUCCGGGAGGAGGUUGCCAUUAUGAAGAAGUUGAACCAUCCCAAUCUGGUUCAGCUCAUCGAAGUCCUCGAUGAUCCCGAGGAGGACUCGCUGUACAUGGUCAUGGAGAUGUGCAAAAAGGGUGUCGUGAUGCAGGUCGGUCUGGACGAGACGGCGAAGCCAUAUUCUGAGGAAACCUGCCGCCACCUGUUUCGUGAUUUGGUUCUGGGCAUCGAAUACUUGCACGCUCAAGGAGUCAUCCACAGAGAUAUCAAGCCAGAUAACCUUUUGCUCUCUGAGGAUGAUGUCCUCAAGGUGGUAGAUUUCGGCGUCUCUCAGAUGUUCGAAAAGCCUGGCCCUAUGCGAACCGCCAAGUCCGCAGGCUCGCCUGCGUUCUUACCCCCGGAGCUCUGUGGCAAGCACGGGGAUGUCUCUGGCACAGCUGCCGAUAUUUGGUCAAUGGGAGUAUCACUCUACUGCCUCAAGUAUGGCUCGAUCCCGUUCCAUACAGAGAGCAUGAUGGAGAUGUACGAUGCGAUCAAGUCUAAGGAGCCCAAGAUCCCGGCGGACGAGAAUCCGGUCCUUGUUGAUCUCUUCAAGAGAGUGCUCGAAAAGGAUCCUGAGAAGAGAAUCACAAUGCCGGAGCUCAGGGAACAUCCAUGGGUUACUCGAGACGGGACCGAUCUAUUGUUACCGGCAGAGGAAAACUGCCAGCACGUAGUUGGUCCGCCAAACGAACUGGAACUCAACCAUGCCUUCACAAGGAAGAUGAACCAUCUGCUCUGUGUCAUGAAGGUACUGCACAAGUUUAAAACCAUCAAAGCUAGAAAACUAGCAGAAGCGAAAGCGCGAGAGGCAGAAUCCGAAGGGGGGCAAGAUUCAGCAGAGUCACAUCGACGGGCAGUCGAGACGGCCGAGAUUGAGGCACUGAUUGCACAGCGUCGCAAGUUCCUCAAGCGCGAGACCGAUGAUAGCAGACCCCCCGACCGCGAUGUAAGUAACCAGGAGCCGCUCUUCUUGGGGAUCGGGACAGGCUCUCGGGAUGAUUUCAACAUGGACGAGCCCAGCCCCUACGUUGUGGCCGACUCACCUACGGCAGUAGAUUACAAUGUCUACGAUCGGGCAUACCAGGCGGCCGUGGAGGAGCGGCUGAAGUCGAGUGCGACAAAUAAGCCGACGCUGUACCUUACCAGAUUUGUGAAGGAGAAGGACCAGCUCAAGGAGCUCGGAGACCUGAUCGAUGGGUCUAAUGCAACCACGCCGCGGUAA